AUGACUAUCCGGGCAACUAGGUUCACCCCCGAGGUACUUCUGUCUGCACCGCGUCGUAGUCAAGGCUCCCCGAAUCCCAACGGAACCGCAAUCCUAUAUACGAACUCGACUUACUCGUUCGAAACCCACACCAAAACUGACCAGAUCCGUCUCCUUCGAGUCGAAACUGGGGAGACUACUGUCAUCGCUGAAACCUCUUCAUUCAAAGACCCGACAUGGUUGGGUGAGGACGAGAUUCUUCUCUUAGAUCACAGCAGCAGCGGGGAUGGCGUCACCUCCCUCGUGCACCUGGACGUUGCAAGUGGCAGCAAACCUGUGGUAGUGCAUCGCGUAAACGGCAUCCUCGCCAACCUUAAAGCUAAGCGGAUCUCCGAGGAUGAGGUCGUCAUCGCGUGCUCGGCGGAGACAACUCCUGAUGGUUCAAUGCACCAGCCUUCCAAGGACACCAAAUCUCACUCAUCGGCAAAGGUUUACUCGAGCCUCUAUGUGAGGCACUGGGACUCGUGGAACGGCAAAGCGCGGAAUUCUAUAUGGUAUGGCUUGCUGAAGAAGGUGGACGGCCAGUUCGUGCUUCAGAAGCCCGGUCUCAUCAAUGCUCUUGCUGGAACCGACCUUGAGUGCCCCAUUCCUCCGUUCGGAGGUACGGAUCACUUUGAUAUCAGCAGCUCCGGUAUUAUUUUUGUCUCGCGGGACCCGACUCGAGAUCCAGCUUGUUAUACUAAGAGUGACUUGUACUACGUUCCUAUCAAAUCAUGGACGGAGUCCAACCCACCCCAGCCACGAGCCGUCAAGACUCGCGGAUUAUCUGGGUACAGCAUGGAGCCAACAUUUUCCCGAGACGGAAAAAAAGCGGCGUUCGUACGUAUGAGAAACAUACAGUAUGAGGCCGACAAGACGAGAUUGAUGGUGAUACCGGAUAUAAAUGAUUUGGGUAGCGUGCAGGAGUUUUAUGAGACGGAAGACGGGGAGGGCGGCUGGGAUUAUAGUCCUUCGGGCAUCGAAUGGAGCGCCGACGACACGGAACUCUAUAUAUCAGCAGAGAAACAUGGCAGAGUUCUUCUCUGGAGACUUCCUGCGUCGCCAGCCCUGGCUACGGAGCUGCCAGAACCGGUUUACACUAACGAUACUGUAACGGGCUUUAGACGCCUAGCAGAAUCCGACCCUCGUCUCCUUAUAACCACUGCUUCGUUGGUCGACAGUGCUUGCUACUCCAUUCUCGACCCGAGGACAAAGGAUAUCAAAGUCUUGUCCUCCGCAACUAAACAUGGGAAGUCACUGGGAUUAUCACGAUCACAGUGCUCGGACUUUUGGUUUACUGGAUGCGACGACCGCAAAGUCCAUGCCUGGGUUAUGAAACCUUCAACUUUCAAUCCGUCCAAGAAAUACCCAUUGGCGUUCCUGAUACACGGCGGGCCGCAAGGUGCGUGGCUGGAUAGUUGGAGCACGAGAUGGAAUCCCGCCAUUUUCGCAGAGGCAGGCUACGUCGCAGUCAUGAUAAAUCCGACUGGCAGCACAGGCUACGGGCAGGAAUUCACAGAUCGUAUCCAGAAUGAAUGGGGUGGAAGACCCUAUGUUGACCUCGAGAAAUGCUGGGAACACAUAAGAGAUAACCUGCCAUACGUUGAUAUUGAAAAUGGCGUUGCCCUCGGCGCUUCUUACGGUGGAUAUAUGAUCAACUGGAUCCAAGGCCACCCGCUGGGUCGGAAGUUCAAGGCACUGGUGUGUCAUGACGGCGUUUUUUCCACGUUAAACCAGUGGUCAACCGAAGAGCUAUUCUUCCCCCUCCGAGAAUUCGGCGGCCCCCUUUGGGAACGUCGAGAGACAUAUGAGAAAUGGGAUCCAUCCAGGUUUACGGACAAGUGGGAAACCCCGAUGCUGGUUAUCCAUAACGAGCUUGACUACCGGCUGCCCAUUUCCGAAGGCUUGGCCAUGUUCAACGUCCUCCAAGCCAGAGGCAUCCCCAGUCGAUUCGUCAUGUUUCCCGAUGAGAAUCAUUGGGUUCUUAAGCACGAGAACUCGUUGGUAUGGCAUCGCGAAGUCCUAGGCUUUAUCAAUAAGUAUAGUGGCAUCGACAACGCCGCUCCCGACGCAACAUUACCACCGCUCAAGGAGCUCAACAUUAGCCGCACUUGA